ACUCAUCGUUUAUACGGUGUGAGUCAAAAAGGCCAUUUCGAGCGACGUACAUUUCAAUGUUAACAGCGACAGCAACAAGCUAAACACAUUUUAACGGAUUUUUCCAUAAACAAUUUUGUGAACAAGACCCGAAAAAUAAGAGCGGAAACGACGUCAGAUACAUAUUGAGUAUAUUGUAAAGCGAUAAAAACAAAACCAUCAUCAUGUCGAGCACAUCACAAAAGCAUCGUAAUUUCGUGGCCGAACCGAUGGGAGAGAAGCCCGUCACCGAUUUAGCGGGAGUUGGCGAAACGCUUGGCAAACGUUUGACCGAUGCUGGUUUUGACAAGGCCUACACUGUCUUAGGUCAAUAUUUAAUUUUGAAAAAAGACUCGGAAUUGUUCAAGGAUUGGAUGAAAGAUACGUGCAAUGCAAAUGCAAAACAAGCCACCGAUUGUUACCAAUGUCUCAGCGAUUGGUGCGAAGAGUUCCUUUGAACUCAACUUUUUUUAUUUAAACAAAAAAAAAAAUUCUUUUUUUUUUUAAACUAAACUAUACUCUUUUAUUUUAACAUUGAAUUGAGGAACGACAUGAUCAAAUGUAAUGUUUGUAGGAACAACGUGUGAAAUCAUCGAAAUAAAUCUAUAUUAUUGAAUUGAGUCAGAGAAUGAA